AAAUUGCUAAAAUACGUGAUGCUAAAAAAAUGUUUGAUAUCGUUAUUGUACGUAUUUAUAUCAAGCGACCUGAAAUUUGAGAUCACGUUUUUUUAUUUCAAAACAGAAUAAACAUUUCGAGCUUCAGUAAGCGGAACUUUCGUUUGUUGUGCUUACGUUAGCAUAAAUUUCGCAGCCAUGGCGGAUGCUGUUUUGGGUUUUGUUGGAGCUGGUUCUGAUGUAAAUACAGGAGGAAACUCAACACAAAAUGUCAUGGCGUACCUACAAGACGAGAAGACCGAUGGAGACAUCACCAACCUGAGCCUGGGAGAGCUGGACAUCACCACCGAUGAGUUCAUCUUAGAUGAAGUGGACAUUCAUAUUCAGGCCAACCUGGAAGAUGAUCUUGUGAAGGAGGCACUCAAAACGGGUGUUGACCUCCGUCAGUAUUCCAAGCAAGUGGAGGUGGAGCUGCGGAAGAUUGAACAGGCAUCAAUCAAAGACUACAUUAAGGAGAGUCAGAACAUUGCUUCUCUGCACAACCAGAUUACAGCCUGUGACUCUAUUUUAGAGCGUAUGGAGGGGAUGCUGAGCGGCUUCCAGAGCGACCUGUCCUCCAUCAGCAGCGAGAUCCAGACCCUGCAGCAGCAGUCUGUCAGCAUGAAUGUCCGUCUGAAGAACAGGCAGGCCGUUCGCAGCCACCUGAGCCAGCUGGUGGAUGAACUGGUGGUGCCUGGAGCCAUGAUCUCCACCAUCCUGGAAAGCCCGGUGACAGAGCAGGAGUUCCUUGAGCAGCUUCACGAGCUUAACUCCAAAAUCAACUUUGCAAAAGAGCUGAGCUUCAGGGAGACGCUGGCCUGCUCCGACAUCCAGGACAUCGUUGAUCGCCUCAAAGUCAAGGCAGUGUCAAAGAUCAGAGAGUUUAUUCUACAGAAGAUCUACUCCUUUAGAAAACCGAUGACCAACUAUCAGAUCCCACAAAACACUUUGCUAAAAUACAGAUUUUUUUAUCAGUUCCUUUUGGCCAAUGAGAGAACCGUUGCUAAGGAGAUCAGAGAUGAGUAUGUAGACACCAUGAGCAAGAUUUACUACAGUUACUUUAAGUCCUACAGCAGCAGACUUCUCAAAGUUCAGUAUGAGGAGGUAGCCGAUAAAGAUGACCUGAUGGGGGUGGAGGACACCGCCAAGAAAGGUUUCUUCUCCAAACCAUCUUUGAAGAGCAGGAACACCAUCUUCACGUUGGGCCAGAGGGGGGCCAUACUGAGUCCUGCAGAGCUGGAGGGGCCCAUCCUGGUUCCACACACGGCUCAGAGGGGAGACAGCAGAUAUCCCUACGAGACACUGUUUCGUAGCCAGCAUUACGCUUUGCUGGACAACGGCUGCAGAGAAUUCCUCUUCCUGUCCGACUUCUUCAUGGUGAUCGGAAACUCCGCCUUCGAUCUCUUCAACAGCAUCAUGGGAAAAACGCUCGGAAUGUUCCUGAAAAGCAUGUCCACCUACGUGUCCGACUGCUACGACAGCAUCGCCAUCUUCCUCUGCAUCCACAUCAUCCUCCGCUUCAGAGCCAUCACCACGAAGAGGACCAUACCUGCUCUGGACAAAUACUGGGAUGCUGUACUGGAGCUGCUGUGGCCGAGGUUUGAACUCAUUCUGGAGAUGAACAUCCAGAGCAUCAGAAACACCGAUCCUCAGAAGCUGGGAGUUCUGGACACCAGGCCUCACUAUAUCACUCGGCGCUAUGCAGAGUUCUCUUCAGCCAUCGUCAGCAUUAACCAAACGUUUCCUAAUGAGAGGACCAACACGCUGCUGGGACAGCUGCAGGUGGAGGUGGAAAACUUUGUGCUAAAAAUGGCGGCAGAGUUUCCAUCCAGAAGAGACCAGCUGAUCUUCCUCAUCAAUAAUUACGACAUGAUGCUCAGCGUUCUCAUGGAGAGGGCAGCAGAUGACAGUAAAGAAGUGGAAAGCUUCCAGCAGCUGCUCCUGGCCAGAACUCAGGAGUUUAUUGAGGAGAUUUUGUCUCCUCCCUUUGGGGGGAUGAUUGCCUUUGUGAAGGAAGCCGAGGCGCUGAUGGAGAAAGGACAGCUGGACCGGCUGAAGAACGAGGAAGCUCGCAUCACCCAGCUCAUCCGGGGCUUUUCAAGCACUUGGAAACAAUCAGUGGAGUCGAUGAGCCAAGAGGUCAUGAGAUCUUUCACCAACUUCAAAAAUGGAACCAGCAUCAUACAGGGCGCCCUGACCCAGCUGAUUCAGUACUAUCACGGCUUUCACAAGAUCCUGAACCAGCCGACGUUCCGCAGCCUGGCCGUCCGCUCCGAGCUCAUCAACCUGCACCACCUCAUGGUUGAGGUCAAGAAGCACAAACCCAACUUCUAACCUGGGACAUGCUAACCAGAUGUAUUCAAAACAUGUGCAACAACUUUAUUUGUUCUGCUGUGGAACAAAUGACAACAGAUCACUGAGGAGGUGUUUUUUUUAAGAUCUUUUCAUCACUUUAUGUUUACGUUUAAAUGAAGAAAAUGCUACUGAUUGAGUUUGAGCUUCUAGAAUGGCGGUAAAAUUAAUAACUCAACCUGUUUAAUCUGAAAAUGUAAAUUAUUGGAACAAAAUGAGUCUGAUUGCAACAAUUAAUGUUCCAGAGGAAACGAUGCAAACGUCUUACUGUAAUAAGAUGUUUUUGUCAGAAAUUCAGAUAUGUUGAUGUGUGUGUAAUGGUUUCAUUCAAAAAGUCUUUUUUUAAGUUGAAGGAAGUGUGUGAUUGUGUUUUUCUGAUUUCUAAAGCUGCACUAGUGAGACAGAAGCUCCUGAAGAAGACUUGAAACACGUAACUCUGACCUUUAAAGGUGCUUUUAUUCUUCUCAGUAGAUUCUGUUAUUUAUAAUCAUUGUUAUUUGUAGGUGUCACCUCUGAGCUCGUUUCCUGUAGAAACAUCAUUUAUAAAUCAGAAGAACUGGAUCUGCUGACAGAAAGGAAAAGCCUCCUUUACCAGGAGCUGUUGUUCUUUUGUCCGUCUGUAAAAAGUCGUGUUGCUUUUGUUUGUGUGAAUCUAUAAAUGAAGUCAUUCCCAUUUAAACUAUGCUGAGUAAAAAUGACCAAAUGAAUAAAUAAAAAUACAGCACACCA